ACAUAGGUUUGUUUGCACUCAAAAGUGUUGUCUAGUGCAUUGUUAAUAAGUUCCUUGGCAGUUUAAGGCCUUGGUCAGUCUCUGAGGUUUCACCUGCUUCUUUGCCAUGUUGAGAACGGUGACCGAUGGUGUUGGGCGUGUCCCAUCUAAAACAUCCGGGGAGAAGUCUAAGUGUCAGGCAAUCAUUAAAGAUUUUGCAGAUAAGCCGGUGGCAGCUGGACCAUGGGGAGGUGAAGGGGGACUUUGUUGGGAUGAUGAGGUUCAUGCAGGAAUACGACAGAUUAUAAUUAAAAGCGGAACAGCCAUUGAUUCCAUUGUCAUCGACUAUGAUGAUGGAGGACAAGCAAAGCGGUCUGUAAGGCAUGGUGGCUCUGGAGGUCCCGAAACUGAUAAGAUUACAUUUGACUAUCCAAAUGAGGUCCUACUCUCCAUAUCUGGUUAUUACGGACCCUUCUAUACCAACGGUCCUAGUGCAGUAAGGUCACUCACAUUCUGCACAAACCUUCGAAAAUACGGGCCAUAUGGUGUAGAGCAGGGCACCUUCUUUGAGUCUUCCCAGCUGGGUAGCAGAAUAGUGGGGUUUCAUGGACGAAGUGGCCUAUUUCUUGACGCCAUUGGAGUAUACAAUCGACUUUUUAUCAACUGUUGUUCAGGAAACAAAAAAUGCGAUGCUUCCUUGUUGCUACCCAGGGUAGUCUCUGUUGUUAGAGACAUUGUUGAAGCAGUUAAGCUUACAAAUCCUCAAGAAAACCUCAAGGUUUCCCACUUGAAGCCUGUUCCUGCUGGUCCAUGGGGAGGUCGUGGUGGAAAUCCAUGGGAUGAUGGAAUAUAUAGUGGAAUUCGGCAGAUCGUUGUGGGAUUUGGCACUGCUAUAGACAAUAUCAUAGUUGAGUAUGUUCGUAAUGGUCAGUCUGUCUGGUCUGCAAGGCGUGGGGGCAAUGGAGGCAGCAGAACAGAGACGGUUAAAUUUGAUUAUCCAAAUGAAGUAUUGGUAUCAAUUAGUGGCUAUUAUGACACUUUUGGCCAAUCUAAUGCACUAACAGUGAAUUCUCUUACUUUUCAUACCAAUCGUAGAAAGUAUGGUCCAUUUGGUGAGGAGAAAGGAACUUAUUUUACAUCACCAUCUACGGGUAGCAAGAUUCUUGGAUUUCAUGGAAGGAGUGGAUGGUAUCUGGAUGCUAUAGGAGUUCACUCAGUGAUAGAACAUCCAGUUGAUGAAGGCACUGGAGAAGAAGUCAAGAAUGCAUGGGCAGAGUUUGUGUCUAGGGCAAUCCAUCAUAAGGCUGGAGGUGGUGGAAUAUGAAAGCUAAUCAAAUAUUUUCUCUAUAAGAAGAACAUGCUUCACUUAUAUGCACAAAUUAAGACUG